UUUCUGCUGUGUUUGUUUUUACAGACCACCUGCAGGAUUACCUUGGAAAAGAGGAGGAUUUCUCUGACCAGCAGCUCUGUGAACAGGAGAGGAAUUCCAGUUUGGACCAAGAGGAACCAGAACCUCUGCAGAUAAAAGAAGCGCUUCAGAACCCAGAACAUCCCUGGACAAAAGAGGAAACCAUGGAGGUCCUCAUUAGUGAGCAGGAAGAGCAGCUUGUUCUGAAGCAAGAGGCUGAAGAUAAAGAAGAGGAAACUUUCCCAUGUUUGACAUGUGGAGAAAACUUUCUAAAAAAACAACAUUUAAUGUUUCACAUGAGCACUCACACAGGCCAUAAGAUUUAUGAAUGUCUGUCCUGUGGAAAAAUUUUCAAAAAGAAAUCUAAUCUUGAUGCACACAUCAGAAUUCACACUGGUGAGAAAUCUUUUUCCUGUACCAUUUGUAAAGAGAAUUUUACUCAAAAAAGUAAUUUGACUAGACACAUUAGAAUUCACACGGGUGAGAAGCCUUUUGAAUGUCUGUCCUGUGGAAAAAGUUUCACUCAAAAAUCUAAUCUUGAUACGCACAUCAGAAUUCACACAGGUGAGAAACCUUUUUCCUGUAACAUUUGUAAAGAGAAUUUUACUGACAAGAGUAAUUUCACUUCUCACAUGAGAAUUCAUACAGGUGAGAAACCUUUUUCCUCAACCAUUUGUAAUAAAGAGUUUACUGACCAGAGUCAUUCGACUUCACACAGGAGAACUCACACAGGUGAGAAACCAUUUUCCUGUACCAUUUGUAAUGAGAAUUUUGCUCACAAGAGUAGUGUGAAUAAACACAUCAGAAUUCAUACAGGUGAGAAACCUUUUGAAUGUCUUUCCUGUGGAAAAAGCUUCACUCUGAAAUCUCAUCUUGAUACACACAUCAGAACUCACACUGGUGAGAAACCUUUUUCCUGUACAAUUUGUAAUGACAAUUUUACUCAAAAGAGUAAUUUAACUAGACACCUGAGAUUUCAUACUGGUGAGAAACCUUUUUCUUGUACCAUCUGUAAUGAGAAUUUCACUCAAAAGAGUAAUUUGACUAGACACAUGAGAAUUCAUACAGGAGAGAAACCUUUUUCCUGUACCAUUUGUAACGAGAAUUUUACUCAAAAGAGCAGUUUGACUAAACACAUGAGAAUUCACACAGGUGAGAAACCUUUUGAAUGUCUGUCCUGUGAAAAAAGCUUCACUCAGAAAUCUCAUCUUGAUUCACACAUUAGAAUUCACACAGGUGAGAAGCCUUUUUCCUGUACAAUUUGUAACAAGAAUUUCACUGAAAAAGGUCAUUUAACUUCUCACAUGAGAAUUCAUACAAGUGUAAAGCCUUUUUCCUGCACCAUUUGUAACGAGAAUUUUUCUGACAAGACACAUUUGGUUAGACACAUGAGAAUUCACACAGGAGAGAAACCUUUUUCCAGUACCAUUUGUAAAGAUAAUUUUACUCAAAAGAGUAGUUUUACUAAACACAUCAGAAUUCACACAGGUGAGAAACCUAGAAGGUAAUGUCAGUAUUCAAAUUACCUAUAGUCAUGCAUAAUGUGGAAUGAUAUAUAUAUUUUUUUAAACAUUGUUUCACUUAAGUCCCAGCAGUUCAAUGCCAUGGGAAUGAACAGUAGAGGUGUUUUUUCAUGAUUAACUGGUGAUUAAAUGUCCAUCUAGAAACUCCUUCACCUCAUUACAUGAGAAACACACAGGUUAAUGGUCUUUUUUUCCAGCAAAGUUUUGAGAAAGCCAUUGAUUGACAGCUCUGUUUACAUAGAAAGUAGAACACAUAAAGUGAUAUAUUGUAAAACUGGUAAAUAUUCAGGUCCUGGGUGAAUAUGUGGAUCUGAACAUUUAAAAGUUAAUUAUUUUUUGCCUGGGUAAAUUAGAUUUGAAUUGCCAAAAGAAGAAUGUUGCCCUGACAAAACAAAAAAGAUGUUUGCAUUCACAAUUUCUUACUUUUUCUAUAAUGAAGGGAAUAAACAUAAUAAAGUCCAACUAUAACAUUAUGGUUACAGAGUUUAGCUAAUUCAGCGUCUUGUUGGUUUUCAUUAGCAAUGCAUCAAUCAGCCCUGCUACGUGUGUUGUUGAAACCAGGCCCACCAAAACUCCAACUGUUUUUGGCACAGUGUUAGAGCUAUGGUCAAUGGAUAUUAGAAUGAAGUAGAUCAUCUAUAGAGGAGUCUCAGAUGAAGAUUUGGGACAUAUAUAAGUGUGUCAGUCUCAGAGUUAGUCAGCUACAAGCUAAUUAAUGUUGCAAAGUGCACCUUGAAAGGGGGUGCUGGGAUUAUGGGGUUAAACUAUGGGACAUCAAAGAACUCAGUUUAGAGGCUGGAGUCUGUAGUUCAGGUAAAUUAAAGUCCUAAAAUGAUGAAACAUGUUGGUUUAAAAAGAUAAACAAGAUUAAUGUUAUUUUUACUAAUCAGUUUGAACCUGAUUUCAUUUGGUAAAAAGCCUUUGUCUUAAUAAUGUAUUAAAUCUGAAACUCCUUUUAGAAGAGUAAAGUUUCUGCUUUUUAAAGAUGUUUUUUUGAACAUUUUA